GUCGUAGCUUUGCCAAUCGCAGUAGAAGGGCGCCUCCUGUAAUUCCGCUUAUCAAAUCCUGGGCGAGCCUUGAGCACACAGCCGACAGAUAGAAAGCACGAAGUGCUACGUAAUCGUUAGCCUCCCCCUCUCCUGGGCGCUUUAAAUCUCGACGAACGCAAGACUAGCAUCUUCUUCCUUCCUUGCACUGAAAAGACGGCGGCACUGUAAAAAAUCUGCAGCAUGCUGGAGGUAGCGGCCCGCCGCUGACAGUUCACAGGUCCAUUCUUCUUCUGCUAUUGCUUCUGUUUGGGUGCUCAUUCUGUGCUUUCCAUAAAGUAGCAACACCAUGGGUAAGCAAAACAGCAAGCUACGGCCGGAGAUGUUGCAAGAUCUGCGGGAAAACACAGAGUUCACAGACCACGAGCUGCAGGAAUGGUACAAGGGAUUUCUAAAGGACUGCCCUAGUGGAACACUGACAGUUGAGGAGUUCAAGAAGAUCUAUGCCAACUUUUUUCCCUAUGGUGAUGCCUCAAAGUUUGCUGAGCAUGUCUUCCGUACUUUUGACACAAACAAUGAUGGGACCAUUGAUUUCCGGGAGUUCAUCAUUGCAUUAAGUGUAACAUCCCGUGGCAAACUGGAACAGAAACUUAAGUGGGCUUUCAGCAUGUAUGACCUGGAUGGGAAUGGCUAUAUUAGCAGGGAAGAAAUGUUGGAGAUUGUGCAGGCAAUUUAUAAGAUGGUUUCAUCUGUGAUGAAGAUGCCAGAGGAUGAAUCAACACCAGAAAAACGGACAGACAAGAUUUUCAGACAGAUGGACCUGAAUAAUGAUGGAAAGCUGUCUCUGGAAGAAUUCAUCAAAGGUGCCAAAAGUGAUCCCUCCAUCGUACGGCUUCUGCAAUGUGACCCCAGCAGUGCAUCCCAGUUUUGAACAACCAAAAACUGACUGUCAAAAUACCAGAUGCAUGAAUGUGUUGUUUUUCGUCUAAUUUAAAACAAAACAAAACAAAAAAACCCCACAGAAACUAGGAAAUGGCCGUCACUUCCUGCAGCUCACUUCAGAACAAGCCAUGCAAAGCAGGACUAUGAAAAUAUUGCCAUGAAUCCUGAGAAACUGGUAAAGCAGGAAUUAGGGUUUUUUUUUUUUUAAUUUUUAAAAAUGAACUGUUUGGGAAAAGAACUUUUCAGAACAGAUUACCCUUCCUGAAGGGAACAAAACAGAAGUUUUUAUUUUAUUACGUUCCUUUAUUAGUUGUUAGUUAUAUCUUACCACGAGUUGUUAAAAAGAAUGCUGAUGAAGAUUUGUUUUAUCAUUUUCAAAGUGUGGUUUCAAGGCUUGUGUAUAUUGGUCAUUAUGGCCUCAAGAGAACACAUUUUUUAAGAUUGCUAAUAUGCAAGAGUUAGGGUGUGGGUGGCUGAAUAUGGAGGAGUUUUAAAAAAAAAAUUCAAGUGUUUUAUGUCAUUUUACACCCAAGGUUUCACUCAGUGUGUGUUAUAAUGUCUUUCACUGCAUAAUUUGAGGGGUGCGAAGUAUACCAUAUAUUGUUUUUGUCGAACAACUGUAUAAGACAACUUCCUAAUUCAGUGUCUUGUUUACAUACCUCUCCACUUUGGCAAAUGCAUUUCUGCUUCCUGAAUUCCAUCAUGGGGGUUUUUCGUAGCAGGUUUAUUAAGAAAUCAAAAGUAAACAUUUAACAGUGAACAUAACAUGUGAAAGUAAGCCCAGUUCAAAAAGUGUUUAUGCUCCAUCCCUUAACACAAGAUGAUAAAAAGCUCUUGUGCAGAGUGUUCAAAACCUGAUGCUGCUAGAAUGAAAACCCAGAGUAAUCCUGGGCUUUUUGUGUUCAUUCCCAUUUAACCUCUUGUGUAUAAAUCUUUACAUUUUUACUUUGUGCUUACUCUUUAAAUGCAACAGCUCUGAAUACUAGGCAUUAGUGGAUAGAACAUGUUUUUCAUUAUGGUGGAAAUACAUCAAAGAAUUAAGUCUGGCAAUAACAAGUAAACAUUGAUCACUACAAUUUAUAAACCAGGAUAUUACUGGGCCUUUCACAUUUAAAUCCUUUUCAUUUAGAGCUUUUGGACUUCAUCUUAAAUCUACAGAUGGCAUUGUACAAACCGUUAAAAUACCAGAAGUAUUGAGGCCACCCUGUUAGCUAGAGGAAAGUGACAAACUGGAGACUCCGUCUGAACAGAAUUCCCCCCACCCCUGAACUUUAUUACUUGCUUGAUGUGGCUUGGUUAAGGUUUUCAAAUUCAUAAGUUAGUUGGCAUGUUUCAGGAAGAAUAGGCAGGCGUUUGUAAAAGUACUAAUAUAGUUCUAACGCAGUUUAUUUUGGAUAAACAUCAGAUAACAUGAGACACCCAAGCUUGAAGUGUGAAAACUUAAAAGCUCCUAAAAAUUAUUACACAGUAAUUAAUAAAAACCCACACACAACACACAGUAUUUUUGGACUGGGUUGUAACAGUGCAUACAAAAAUGAUUAGAUGACUUUGGACAUACAAGAAGGUUGAAAUGCUAUGUGAAUAUCUACACAUGUGCGUGAAUCCCCAAAGUUGAUUAUGUAAUUAUAUAUAUUUUCUGUGUUUUGCAUGGGAAAGUUUAUUUUUUUUUUCCAGUGAACACGGCAUGUUCUGUGUUGUACUGCAUGUAAAGAGCGGGAUGUCAAAGUAAAGAGGUUAUUUGUUCA